AUGUCAGAGAAGUCCGAAGGUCAAGUGUUUGUUGUCGAUAAUCGACGACGUGACGAACUCAUUAAAACGGUGUUGAUCAUCGUGCUGAUCAUCAUCUUUCCGCCAGCAGCGAUCGCAGUACAAGCGAACGAGUGCAACAUUCACGUGGUGAUCAGUUUGUUCCUGAUGUUCUUCUUCAUCAUUCCGGCCUACAUUCAUGCUGUCUGGUACUGCUUUAUACGAAAAGCACCGGAACACAUCAUCGCGUGA